AUGAUCAGUGGCCAGGAUCACCCGUCCAAUAUAGACAAUGCAACUAAAGAAAGCAACGGGAACCUACACCAGUACCUCCCUAGUCAAUCAUUGAUCAAGAUCUCAUUGGAAUAUUCGGAGCUAAGCCAUUGCCCUGCUACUAGCAGCUACGUGGAGCUCAUGGGAAGCCAUUGCCCUGCUACUAGCAGCUACGUGGAGCUCAUGGGCCAAGGCCUUCGCAGCAUCAACGCUUCAGGAAACCCGCUGCUCGCCUACCACUGCGGAAAUCUCUGGCUGCUGAAGUGGCAACAGAAGACCACCCAGGGCAUAGAGAAGGAGGGGCACAGAGAAGAAGGAACAAGAGAAGGAGGAAGGGAAGAAGUUGAAGAAGGAGAAAUGAGAGAAGAAAAUAGACAUGCCACAGUAAGAAAGCAAGGAGGACAGAAAACAAGAAUAGAAACAGAGGCGAAAACUGCAUGGGAAGCGGACGAGAGGGAAGGAAAAGAGGGAACAGGGAAAACGAGAACGAGAAGAAGGAGAGAAAAGAGAGAAGGCUGGACUCAAGACACAAGAGAGACGUCACAAGUCCUCACCACAGAGGACUGUCCUUCUCCAGGGAAUUCCUACUCAGGAUGUUAUCUCUGUGCCGCCUCCUUGAGGAUAGUUAACGAGACUGGAAGCGGACCUUGUAGGCAGUUCAUCCUGACGUGUUCCGUCUCGGGCGAACCCAAGCCGCAUAUUGAGUGGGAUAUCCCCCCCCACUUGACCCUCCUUCACCACGACAUUGAUAACCUCUCCGCCUCCUACAUCACCUCCACCGCCAAGUUUGCCCUGAACAUGACCGAGAUCGACAGGGCACGCUACUUGUCACCGCUGGCAUGUGUGGCGUCGAACGAGAUGUAUGUCAGCGUGGAGAAAAUCAAUAUCGACGUCGACCUAAACCUCCCCAGAAGCCCCGUCGUCUGCCUGGCCGAAUAUAUUAACACGUCGCCAACCAUCCUGUACUUCGAGACGCAAGCCGCGGCGCCCUGGAACAUCACCUGGUGGUUCUACCCUUGCGUUGGGAACCGUCCGCGUGAGGUCCAGAUCCCGCUGUACACCCACCCGACGCCCCCGGGAUCUUCGUCGGGGGUUGGUUACUUCAAGUUCCAAGACACGCCCCCUACCGGCCAUUACGAGAUCCUCCUCAGCAACGCGUACGGUAACAGCACCAAGAGGAGGUUCAUCAGCAACAGGCCCCCGAACUCCGUCUCCUGCCAGGACACCGAACCCGUCGCCAUUCACGUCGAGGAGCAGACCCUACCCCCCGUCACCCAGAUGCCCCCUACCACUAGACCUACCAUCCCCCCGUGCUCCGCCCCCUCUAGUACUACCACCACCACCACGACUGCUAGUACCACCUGGAACGCUGCGAAUGCUACUGAGGCUACUGACACGACCGACGAUUCUCUCGCCAAUGUGAACUCGCCGAGCAGCUCGCACGGCGUCUCCACUACCACGACCCCGAUUGCUGGACCCACGCACCUGUCCAUCUCGAUCGUGCUGACUAUCGUGGCAGGCGUGAUGGUCGUCGUGAUCGGAGUGACCUGGCUUCUGUUGCGUAACCUGAGAUGGCCGCGAGACAGGUCAAAUAUGGAUUCUGACCCGUGUCCAGAUUCCCCCUUCCAGAUCAACUUCAUGUAAGUGUCUUAGCUGUGAGAUAAGUAAGUAGUUCUUACAGGUGUGA